AUGGCGUCGGAAGUUGCUCUAGGAACCCCGCUGGCUGAGGCCUUGAGCAAUGUGGUGCAGCCUAAGCUGGUGGAAAUGGGAUGGAGCGCUGACGGUGGAGAGGACUCUGCGCUCACCGAAUAUGUCAUUCUCAUGCUCGUCAACGGAAAAUCUCAAGAACAAAUUGCGGAAGAGCUUUCAAAUGACUUGCUCAAUCUCGGUGAGGGCGACACACAGGCCCUCGACUUCUCUCGAUGGCUUUUUGAGCAGGUGGAGGUUCUCAAUCGGAACAUCAACGGCUUGGCCUCGAUACCUGACGCAUCGCAAUCGGCCCCCGUGGGCGAUGGCCAGGAUACCGCCCAGUCCCAAGCACAACAAGAUGCUGAUAUGAGUGAUUCUUUACUUCAAGACACCAUCCCGACAGGACCUCGGGCCAUGCGCAACAAUGCGCAACGUGGCAAUGGACGUCUACUCAAUCAAAUAAAUAGAAAUCUGGAAAGGGGUCCGGACGCUGCGCUUCACCGCGUUCGUGGCCAGCAAGGCACUGGGCGCAUCAACACGCAUGGGCAGAAGGGUCCACGCAAUCAACAUGGAGCUGGACGCAUGGGUUUCAAUCGACAAAUGGGCGGCAUGGGUUUUGGCCCAAUGAAUGGCCCCGGAGCUGCAAACAUGAUGCAGAUGACCCCCGAUAAUCAGAUGCAGCUCAUGUCAAUGCUCGAAGAACAAGCCAGGAUGAUGUCGCAACUUAUGCCAGGCUUCAUGCCCCCGGCCGUAAACCCGAAUUUUCAACAACAGCAGCAGCAAGGUCGGUCACUUUUUGAACGCGUCGAUCGGCCGGCACACAAGCAAGGCGGUGGUAUUUUCAAGCCUCGGGCGGCUCAGAAUGGAAUAUCGACUACGAAUGGGGAGGAUACCGAAAUGGACACAUCGGGCGACCAGGCUGCCGCCGAUGGACAAAGCAGCGCAGAGGGCGUUUGUCGAUUCAAUCUUCGCUGCACAAGGAAAGACUGUCCUUAUGCACACCAAUCGCCCGCCGCUCCCCAGGGUGCGCCUGUCGACGUGAACGACACCUGUCCCUUCGGAGCCGCUUGCAAAAAUAAGAAAUGCACAGGCAGACAUCCAUCUCCGGCUGUCAAGGCGUCACAUCAAUCCGAAGAAAUCUGUCGGUUCUUCCCCAACUGUACCAACCCCAACUGCUCCUUUAAACACCCAAGCAUGCCGCUCUGCCGGAAUGGAGCCGACUGUACUGCUGAAGGGUGCAAGUUCACCCAUCUCACCACAGCAUGCAAAUACAAUCCUUGCAUGAACAGAAGUUGUCCUUACAAACACACGGAGGGUCAAAAGUCUAGCUUCCCGGACAAGGUAUGGGUUGCAGGUCGAGAGAAAUCGCAUGUCAGUGAAAGAAAGUUCGUUCAAGAUGAGAACGCAGAGGAGGAGCUCAUUAAACCUGAAGUUGUCACAGAGGGAGCUCAAGCCGAGGAAGUCAUUACGUAG